AUGAUCGAUGAACUUAUUGAAAACGAAAUUCAACAAGGUUUUCCUGAUGCUGCUCUUAUUAUAACUCGAUAUGGUAAAAUAAUAAAACAACCCGUCUAUGGUUAUAAACUAAAAUAUGAUGAAAAUGCGACAAUGAUAAAACAACUACAACUAUUAACAUUAGACACUAUGUUUGAUUUGGCAUCAUUAACUAAAAAUGUAUGCAACAAACUAUGCGCUUAUGCAUCUGAUUGGACAAGGAGCAUUGAAGGUUGA